CUUAACUUGGAGAGCUAGUUUAAUUAGAAGCUCUUAUAGUAUUUGUGGGUGGCCAUGGCUGAUCAUCUUUUCAAGCACUUGGUGGUGGUUAAGUUCAAGGAAGGAAUAGUGGUGGAGGAGAUUUUGAGUGGAAUGGAGAAGCUUGUUUCUGAUAUUGAUGCUGUCAUCUCCUUUGAAUGGGGAAUUGACAUUGAAAGCUUGGAAAUGUUAAGGCAAGGAUACACACAUGCCUUUGUGAUGACAUUCAAGAGCAAGGAUGACUACAAUUCCUACCUUGCCCAUCCCAAACAUGUUGAGUACUCGGCUAUAUUUUCCCAAGUCAUUGACAAGAUUAUCAUGCUUGAUUUCCCCGCCGUUCAAUCCAAGUCUCCACCAUGAUCGAUCCUCGAUUGAUCAAGCAAUUACUAGAAGAAUGUUUGUGGAUGUUCAUGAUAUUGGAUGUAAUGUUGGUUUGGUGAUGGUAUGCAUUUGUAGCACUGUAUUAAAGAGAUUAUAUUGUACCAGUUUAAUAAAAUAUCAAUAUUGAGUCAGAUUUUAUUAGCAAACAUAUCUGAUCAGUAGAUAUCAAAACAGAGGCAGAUUCACUAGCAGAUUCACUAGCAGUGAGAUCAGAGUUGAAUUGCUGCCCAUUUUUUAUUAUACAUUCAAUGACUUUGGGUUUAUUCGA